AACAUUGUGGAAAUCGUUAAAAUUAUUUCACUUUUCAAUUGAAAUCGAUUUAAUUGGGAUAAAUAGACGCAUUUCUCAUUCUCAUUUUCAGGAUGCCGGGUCAGUUCAAUUUCAAGGAGCUCUUCAAUAGCAAUACUGUGCGCGGACGUGCCAACUGUGCCAAGGCCACAUGGGCCUCUGUGGGUCUCAUUUAUGUCCUGGUGAAGAUGCAUCGCUACAACGCUGAGCUUCGCGAAUCCGCCAAAUACUGCAAGGGAUGCCAGCGAAAGAUGUGCACUUAACGUCCAAGUCGCCUUCAAUCAUGCUUAAUCUUCGCUUUAACUUGGAAAUGUUAUCUCAAAUCUAUUGUGUUCUGUUCGGUUCAGCCUGUUAAUAAAACUAUUUCGUGUUUUGAGCAA